CGCCUUGCGAUUUUCGAACCAACACAAGAACUCCAAUCUGCCACCGAAGCUCUUGCAACCUACCUCAGGAUUCCGUCAUCGCAUCCAGAAACAAGAUAGAUGAGCAAGAGAGAUCAGAUUGAAUCAUUGCACUUCUGACAGGAUCAGCAACAAGAGACGAAACAGUGUCGUUGAGUUCAAAUUAUCUCAUAAGUUUUUUUAAAACGAGACGAAGAAGAUUUCCUGAUUAAAGACUUGCCAAUUCACCAUGUUGCUAUUACCCAAAUUCAUCCCACUGGCUUUGGCCGCAUUAUUGUUGCCCAACACGACUGCCUUCAAUCUGCCUGCAUCGAGUAAAUUGUCGUCGGCUCCACGGUUGUCAAUAAAUUCUCGCCUUUUACCGUCCUUGCACUCUACCAAUACCAAGUCGUCAUCCCGGCUUCAUCUCAGCAGUGGUAGCACAGAACAAACAGAACGACAGUUGCAGUUACUAGAUUAUAACUUGGAAAAUGGAAAGUUGGGUGAUGCCAUUCAGUUGCUCCAAUCGAAUCCAGACCUCGUGUCGUUCGAUGGCGCAGACGGACAAAAACGAUGGAAUGCCAUUUUUGACACUAUCGAAGAACAAACGGCCUUGGCCGAGGAAACGGUAGAACAAGUCAAUACAAGACGCAUGGCCGAAUUCCCAACCACAUCCACAGCCCGCACGGAAAUGACGCAAAUGUAUCAAACCCUCAAAGAUAUUGGACAGCUGCGUGUCUUUGGCGCUGUUCCAUCUCGCAUGCCACCGGCUGCCGGAAGUCAUGCCGUGCGGCCGUCCAUGUUGGAAGAAAUCACCGACUUACCCAUGAAGGCACUUACGCCACAACCAUCCAAUACACUCUUGUAUGCAGGAGUCGCCGUGGCACUCUUGGAAGGCGUGCUCAGUGUGGCAACGGGCAUCAAUCUCAAUUUACUGGUAUUCGCAACCCUGACGGCCUUUGGCAUCGACAGAAUAUUGCUGAAUGGAGCCAUCUUGGAAUCUGCGUACAAAAUACUCAAUCCAGAUGUGCAAAAUAAAAUUCAACGACAUGAAGCAGGACACUUCCUGUGUGCCUAUCUGCUGGGGUGUCCUGUGGAAGGAUGCGUCUUGGAUGCUUGGGCUGCCUUGCAAGAUGCGCGCUUUGGAACAGGACGACAAGUCACGGCUGGAACGUCCUUUUUUGACCCCGUUCUCUCGCAGCAAAUCAAUGAACGAGGAGGGCAAGUCACUCGAUCGUCCGUUGACCGAUACAGUAUUAUCGUCAUGGCAGGAAUUGCCGCCGAAGCAAUACACUAUGGUCAAGCCGAUGGAGGUGCCGGAGAUGAAAUGGCAUUGAUUGCCUUUUUGUCGCAAAUGAAUGCCAACGUCGGCAGCGGUGCAGCGACUUGGAACAACGUCUCGAUUCGAAAUCAAGCACGAUGGGGAGCCCUACAAUCUGUGUUGAUUCUUCGUGAAUACAAGGCCUGUUACGAAGCAUUGGUGCAGGCAUUAGACAACGGAGGGUCUCUUGGUGAAUGCAUUUAUGCCAUUGAGAAGGCAGCUCGCGACAAUCAGCUGGGACCCUUGAAGGAGCCGCUGGGCUAUAUUGUGGAGCUUGCGGGAGACGAAGAGCAGUGGGUGACGGAACCACCAGAGGGGUCUGAAACUGCAUCUGCUGCUGUCAUGAAAGAGACCGCAUCCGUUGCUGCUCAACCCGUCAACGGAAAGGAGUCCUUGGCAAAGCUGAAUGAGUACCGCAAGGAGGUGGAAGAAAAGCUAAAAUCGAUUGACGAAAAGUUGCAUGGGAUCAGCAAGGACUAGCUAGACAGAGAAAUGAAUGAAUUCCUGCCCAAGAUUGUGCAAAGAAGACUACAAAUGGAACAUAGAUUCCCUAUUGAUAUCUUGUUUCUAGUAACAGGUUUCGCAACUAGCAGCAACAACGCCAAAGUGAAUUGUUCCGAAUUUGAAGUUUAAGUACCCAAUGAUAGACAACUAAAGUUUCAAUUUUCAAAAAAUAUGUAUGCACAGCACUUUUCAUUAGAACAGCACAAACAAAUCAAUGAAG